AUCUACCAAAGCACCCUUCUCGCAAGAGUCAGUUGCUUCUGUCUUCCCUUCGUCUUUUGUCAACGAGGUCACGGCAACCGAAGCGCCGGGGAACGGUGGGGGGAACGCCAUGGGCAAGAAGGGCGUGCCCGAGUGGCUCAACAGCUCGCUCUGGUCCUCUCCUUCUUCCGCCGCCGCUACCGUUGCUGCGGCUUCGCAUCCCGUAGAUCGCUUACCCCGAUCGUCGCCCCUUCCGAAGCCCGAACCCCCUAUGCGCGCUACGAUCGCUGAACCCCGGCCUCCCCCUCGCCCCACUCCGCCGCUGGCAGAGGCUCCGAGGCUCUCCACCGAAACCCUUCCGGACGAUCCGGAACCUUCCAGGCUGUCGGAGGAGGACGUCUCUCGCCAGUCCCAUCUCUUGGCCGAGCUAUCGAAGAAGGUUAUAAAUAUGGGGGAUCUACGAAUGUUGGUCUCGAAGGGAAUUCCGGAUGGAGCUGGAAUUCGAUCAACUAUAUGGAAGCUGCUCCUAGGUUAUUUGCCUAAAAACCGUGAAUUGUGGGGACAAGAAUUAAACAGAAAGCGGGCUCAAUACAACGAUUUUAGGGAAGAGUUUUUGGUGAAUCCGUCGGCAGUCACGCGAAGGAUGGAGGGAUCUAGUAGACAAAAAAUUGAAGAGUUGGAAAGUUGCGGCCGUGGCUUGCUAAUGAGAUCCGGAAUAACACAUGAUGAGCAUCCUUUGAGUCUUGGGAAAACUAGUGUGUGGAAUCAGUUUUUCCAGGAUACAGAGAUCAUAGAGCAGAUUGAUCGAGAUGUAAAGCGCACUCAUCCUGACAUGCAAUUUUUCAACGGGGAUUCUUCCAUUGCAGAGUCUAAUCGGGAGGCCAUGAGGCACAUACUCAUUAUCUUUGCAAAGCUGAAUCCAGGAAUAAGAUAUGUACAAGGGAUGAAUGAAAUUUUAGCUCCUCUUUUUUAUGUAUUCAAAAAUGAUCCAGAGCCAAAUAAUGCUGAACAUGCUGAAGCAGAUGCUUUCUUUUGUUUUGUUGAGUUACUGAGUGGGUUCAGGGAUAAUUUCUGUCAAAAGCUUGACAAUAGUGUAGUCGGGAUUCGUUCUACAAUCAGUAAACUGUCUGAACUACUUAAGAAGCAUGAUGGAGAGCUUUGGCGUCAUCUUGAAGUCACAACCAAGGUCAAUCCGCAGUUCUACGCUUUCAGAUGGAUUACACUGCUUUUAACACAGGAGUUCAACUUUGCCAACUGCCUUCACAUAUGGGAUACACUCUUAAGCGACCCUGAAGGUCCUCAGGAAACCCUUCUGAGAAUAUGUUGUGCCAUGCUGAUACUCGUUAGAAGACGUCUCUUGGCCGGUGAUUUCACAUCCAACUUAAAACUCUUGCAGAAUUAUCCAUCAACAAAUAUCAGCCAUCUCCUCUAUGCUGCAAGUAAACUUGGUGGACCUUCAGCUAGUUGAGUUCUGGUAGGGAUUCCUGUUUGUUUCUUUGACAUUUUUUACUUAUCUGUAAAUUGCUAGAUCUGUCACAAAGCAAGUUUGAAUACAAGUUAUUUUAUGAUUAUUAUUUCUUAUUA